AUGGAGAAAAAAACUGAUUCGAGCGAAAUGCUCGGGCGAGUGUGCGGGCAAGUGCAGAGAUCGGAAUUAUCUUCAGAAAUUUCGAGAGAUAUAUCUUUCGAAGAGCUGAGGAACAAGUUCGAUACUAGUGCCUCGUUGCGGCGGGAAAUCGCAUCAAAACCUUCUACGCACGGCAGCGCCACCAGGCAGCUUGUCAGCGGAAAGGUUUUUAAGAAAUGCAAAAGCGCUACAUUUCAGAUAGAUGGCGCCACCUACACUAUAGGUAAAUACCUCUGUUUGGGUCUUGUUAAAGCGAGUUUCAAGUAA